AUAAAAUUAUUUAGUGUUGACAUUGAGGAUCUGUAACUUCUGAAGGAACUAUUACUCUUCUCGUGUACAUCAUGAAUCUAUCUCAGUCAAACUUUUCAAUGUAUCAAUUUUUAAGAAAGUCGUCGGUUCAUUUGAACAAUGGUGACAGUGAAACUUCAGAUUCCGAAAAUACUUUUCAAAUUUAUUUAUAUGCAUUCACGAUGUUCCUGUCCUUCUUUGCCAACAUGACGUUGGUUUUCAUAAUCCUUAGCACCAAAAGUCUACGGACAAAAUUUAACUUUUUCGUGGUGAACUUUUCUCUUGUGAAUUUACUCAUCCCAACGUUUUGUAUGUGGCUUCAUCUUGUGUACCAUCUGGACAAGGGGCAAUGGAGGUUUGGUGCAUUUUUCUGCAGAAUAAACAAAUUUAUACAAGUUCUUGUCGUCUGUGUCAGUAACUUCACCUUGGCGGUGACCGUCCUUGACCGAUUUCUAGCAACUCUUCAAUCACCACUCCUGAAAUACACCCAAGGUCACCAGACUAUCGUAAUGCUAAUUGUGUGGAUAUCCGGAAUCCUUCUGUCCUUGCCGUUCAUUCUGUACACAAAAUUUCUGGAAUUCGAUUGGAUUGGGGGUCACGAAACAAUAUGCAGUGCUCAUUUUCCCUCCAUAGAGGCUAGGCGAGCUUAUAUAACGACAUUGUCGCUGCUGGGCUUCGUUCUCCCUAUGCUGGUCAUGUUCUUCCUCAUCAGUGUUUCUCUAAGAAGACCAAGUGUUUCAACUGACAACAUGGCGAGAGAGGAAAGACUGAGAUAUCAGAUGAAGCGCAGGGCCUUGCACUACGUAUUUACUGUUCUUCUAGUCUUCUUCUUAUGCUGGUCUCCUCAGCAGUUCCUCAUGCUUUGGGACGUGUUCAGAGAACGAAAUAUACAGACCAAGCUACCGAAAAACAUACGCCAGUACAGUUUUUAUUCAUACUAUGUGGCAUACGCUAGCAGUUGUGUAUACCCAUUCCUAUACAUAACAUACAACAAGGGCUUCCGGUUUGCUGUCAAUCAAAUUCUGAGUUGCAAACGUCGACGUGAUGUUACCAGUGACAACCCUACCAAUACAGAGAUGGGAGUUGUAGAACAAAAUGAUGGACAUGAAAAUACGGUCUUCUGCUUAGAUACCUUAGAAAAAGAAUUUAGCGUUGGACCGUCACAACCGAAGAACGAAGAACCGACAGUGAUCACUGUUGAUAUACAUGGACAAGCACUCAGCUAAAAAAGGACUAAAUCUUUAUUUUUUUCACUUGGUAGUGAGCAUUGUGUGCAAGCAACUUAAAUGGAGAAAUCUUAUACGGUGAAAACUGCCUAAUCCAACGCCUGUGCACCCCGUUCCACUGGGCACUCCGACCCCUAUUUUCAAUUUCAGGUGUUUUUUUAUUGUUUUGCACACUAUUUAUACAAACACACUGUGUAUUACAACAAAACAUAUCUCCCAAAGCAUGUCGGAUUAGGCAGGUUUCGCUGUAUUUGUAUGAAUAUAUGUGUUUGCGUAGCGACGACUCUUUUUUUUUUCUGCCCGUAUAAUGGAUGUAUUAGGAUUGAUAUAGGGUUAGUAAUAGCGCAAAAACCUGAAUUUCGAUAUAAGGUCACUGAGACAAAAAUGGUUAUUGUCCUGAAUAGCUACAUAUAUGUAUGCACAAGCUUUGUCCAUUGUAUCUCUAGGUGUUUAGUUUCCCAAGAACAGUAUGUUAUAGAAUGUAUGUUAUUUAGACUCAAUGUUGAACAAAAUUAUUUUAUUUGUGUAAAAUAUUGCAAAAAUCAAUUUCAAAGAAUUAAAACAGCGGAAGUGUUAAGAUAUAUAUAACAGGUAUGUAAUAAAAUGUCAGGUUAAUCAAAAAGUUUAGCAAGAAAAACAUGGGGCUAAAAUGAAUCAUUUUUAUACGCAUACUAUAUGAAAUGAAUCUAUUUGUAAAGUAAAUGGCAUUGAAAACAUAAUGUGUAAGCAUGAAAUAUUGUAUAUAACUAACGCUUAUUUAUUUAGCUUAUAUAUAUUGUGUAUAUAUAUUGUGCUAAUUUGUACAAUUUCGCGUAACCAUAGAACAAAUAAAGUAACAUGAUCAAAUGAAAGUGUGCAAUACA